ACUUACCUCGUAAAUCAAACAACUGUGUUUCUUUCAGGACCUUUACGUUGGAGGAAGCGAGACUUCAUCGACAGCACUGGAAUGGACGAUGUCAGAGCUGGUUAGAGAUGAAAGAGUAAUGAAGAAGGCACAAGCCGAAGUUAGGGCAGUGUUUGGGAAGGGAGGGAAGGUUGAGGAAACAGGAAUUCAUGAAUUGAAUUACCUGAAGAUGGUUAUCAAAGAAAGCCUGAGGUUACACCCUCCGCUGCCUCUCCUUGUCCCAAGAAAGUCCCUGGAGCAAUGCGAGAUGGAAGGGUAUAUAAUCCCGGAGAAGACGAAGGUGAUAGUGAAUGCAUGGGCCAUUGGGAGGGAUCCAAAGUACUGGAGUGACCCCGAGAGAUUCUACCCAGAGAGGUUCACGGAUAACAGAACUGUUGAUUACAAGGGGAAUGAUUUCGAGUUCAUUCCGUUUGGUGCUGGAAGAAGGAUCUGUCCUGGAAUCUCAUUCGGUGUAUCUACCGUGGAGACUGCGCUUGCUAAUUUGCUCUUCCAUUUUGAUUGGAAGCUUCCUGGAGGGGUGAAGCCUGAAAGCCUGGACAUGGAUGAACUAUUUGGUGUUACGGUAAGAAGGAAAAAUGAGCUGCACUUGAUUCCAACAAUCUGGCAGGCAUAAUCCCUUUUCUGCUGCAAAUAAUCAGAAAUGAUCGAUCAUUAUCAUUGUCACAAGAUCUUCCAUAUAAAGAAAUAAAAUCAGCCGAAGCAGCAAUUAGAUGAGAGUCUAAGCUGAUGACAUCCUACUGUUUCAGUUGUACCCUCCCAUCUGUUUUUUAUUUAGUUUUAAUGUACUGGUUGAAGGCUUCCUACACCAUUUUGCCUCACAGAGUAGCUAGAUCUCAACCUCUCAAUACCCAGUCCUCUUUGUUGUUGUUGUCAUCUCUUAUGAACUCACAAGCUUUUAGGAGUAUCUACAAAGAGAGAAAAAGUCAGUAGGGCUGAUCAGUUAGAGUAAAUAUAAUAUAGCAUGAGUAGCAUC